AUGAAGUCUAAACAACCAUCCGGUAGUCAAAAACGUAAAAGAAGAAAACUAAAUGAAGAAAAGAGAAAGGUUGACGCCAGUGCUCUAGAUACGUUUAUCCAUAUACAACCUACUGAAGAACAUGUUGAAGAACAUAUUGAAGAGCACAUUGAAGAGCAUGUUGAAGAGCACAUUGAAGAUCAUGUUGAAGAGCAUGUUGAAGAGCAAGAGCAUAUAGAAGUAGAAGAGGCAGAAGAGCAAGAGCCCAUUAAAGAGCUUGUUGAUAUAUAUGAUCCAAGAAGGUGGGAAAAACUUAAUUCUGAGGAGAUGAAACUUUUGGUCCAGAAAGGCCCUAAAAGAGAUAAUAGUAUUAUGUAUGGUCCCUACGAUAAAUUUGGUAGACAGUUUUCUGCAGUUUUAUAUACAACUUUACCAAAUUUGGAGAAGUGUGAUAGAGAAUGGCUAGUAUAUUCAAAAGGUAAAUUGGAUGGUGAUGGUUAUGCAGAUUGGCACCAUGUCACCACUAGGGUUAAAGAACACGAAAUUUCGUUGGGUCAUCUUACAAAUCGGAAUAAGUGGUUUGAUAUGCGUAAAAGAAUGAACUUAAAUGAAACAAUUGAUAAAGUUUAA